AAUCUCCUUCUGAUUUCAGUUAUCUACAUAUGUUUUACAAGAAGUUUUAAGUGAUUCAGUACUUACUACUUUGGAAGCUUUUUAGUUUAAAAUUUCCAAUUAUAUAUUAUACCUGGUGAUUUGUGUGAUUCUAAAUAAUUGUGAAAAGUGCAUGAAUUAUUUAAUUACUUUACUACAAGAAUAAAUAGUAAAACUACACUUCCUCAGAAUAAAUAUUAUCCAUAGACAAUAAGUGGAACCGUGGUGAAUAUUUAUUUCAUCAAUUUGAAUUGCGGCCAGUACGCUUGAAAAAUAUUUUGAAGUGUCACAGACUUGCGUUUUUAUCGAAAUCCCUCGUAGUGCCACCUCAGUAAUAUAAUUAAACAGCGAUUUAUUAAUAUUGCAAAUAAACUUUGUGUUGGUAAUGAAAAUUUAUUCAAAUUAUUGCGUUUGACUUCUUCGGCGUGAGUGAGAAUCGCGUCGAUUGUGCCAGAACAACAAACCGAUGUGUUGAUAAUUUAUCGAUAAUGUUUCAAAAAGCUGCGAAUUUCGGAUCUGACGAUGGCAAAUAUGGGCAAAGAGACUUUUUUAGGAGUAAUGGCAAAACUCUAGCCAGGCCUUCGUCGUGGUCCUUCAAUGGAAUGUUGGAUUUGUCCUUACGAGGAAAUAGCAUAAACAGGGCAAUUCAAAAAAAGGUCGAUCCAGAAUUGAUUUUCACCAAACAAGAAAGAAUCGGCAAGGGUUCGUUUGGAGAGGUUUUUAAAGGUAUUGACAACAGAACUACGCAAGUAGUCGCUAUCAAAAUAAUCGAUUUAGAAGAAGCCGAAGAUGAAAUCGAAGAUAUUCAACAGGAGAUUAUGGUGCUGUCGCAGUGUGACAGUCCCUUUGUUACAAAAUAUUAUGGAUCUUACUUAAAGGGUACAAAAUUAUGGAUUAUAAUGGAAUAUUUGGGUGGCGGGUCAGCCUUAGAUCUGAUGAAAGCGGGAAACUUCGAAGAAAUGCACAUUGCUAUAAUUCUAAGAGAGGUAUUAAAGGGAUUAGAUUAUUUACAUAGCGAAAGGAAAUUACAUAGAGAUAUUAAAGCUGCGAAUGUCCUGCUUAGCGAAAUGGGAGAUGUUAAACUAGCUGAUUUUGGUGUUGCCGGCCAAUUGACCAAUACAACAAGUAAGCGAAAUACCUUCGUCGGAACCCCCUUUUGGAUGGCUCCGGAGGUGAUCAAGCAGUCCGCGUACGAUUCUAAAGCUGAUAUAUGGAGUUUAGGCAUCACAGCCAUAGAACUUGCCAAAGGAGAACCUCCCAAUGCAGAGCUUCAUCCGAUGAGGGUGUUGUUUUUAAUUCCGAAGAAUAAUCCUCCCCAGUUAACAGGAAGCUAUAGUAAACAAUUCAAGGAUUUUGUGGAAGCAUGUUUAAAUAAAGAUCCAGAAAAUAGACCAACAGCGAAGGAGUUAUUAAAAUAUCCAUUUAUAAGAAAGGCGAAAAAGAAUUCCUACUUAAUAGAUCUUAUAGACAGAUACAAAAAAUGGAGGUGUACUAGGAACGAAGAAUCUGAAACAGAAUCAGAAAAUUCCGAUUCUGAGGAACCAAAACAGGAUGGUGACUUGGAUGACCCAUGGAUCAUGACGGUGAAAGGAAAUAUGAAAUUACCCCUGGACGAAAUACCAUCUCCUAACCACAAAGCUGGAAAUAAAGUUCAAAACGGUUCGGGUCCUAUGUUGAGCAAAUCUCCUCCGACUGAUUCCAAUCUCAAUCAUUAUAAACCAGAUAAAUCUAACUUGUCAAAAUCUCCGGGAGUACAAUCGCCAUUAGACAACAGAAAAGAUAAGGACAGGGAUCGAGAAAAAGAAGCCGAAAGAGAACGGGAACGUGAGAGAACAGAUGUAAAGGACAAAGAAAAGAGAAUAUCUCGUGAAUUGAGUCCAUUGGAUCACCGAGGUGAUAGUAUAGCGGCGGAAAAGAAGGCGAAUAGAAAAUCUGGCUCAAAUUAUAGUGGAAAAAUCGAAAGUAGAUCGCCGGUACUUGGAAGUUUUAUAUACCCGCUUAUAUCAGAGUUACAGAGAAAGCACCAGUACAACAGGCGAAGCGCGGAAGCGUCUCAUAAAUCAAGUGACGCGAUAGAGGAGCUCGAGAAUGCAUUUGAGAUUGCUGAGAAGACAAGCCCAGGUAUAAGUGAAAUGUUCAUUUGUGAAUUGGUGCAAAAAUUGGUGCCAUCCAUUUCAGAACAGAGACUUAAGGGGGUGUUAGAUAAAGUUGUAAGGGAUACGUUGUAGGAAGAAUUUGGUAUAGAUUUCAGUGGAGAGUUGCUAAUUGAAAAUUUGUUGGUUCGGUUGAAAGUUAUUCUCUCGUUAUUCCAAGUUGUUAAAAAUACUUACCAUUUACAUGACAAUAUCUUAUAUCUAUUGAGCUUAUUACUGGUUAAAUUUUAAGCAGACAUUCUUCUUAUAGAGUAAUAGUUGAUUAACACCACUAUACCCCCUCACCGUUCACAUUUUCCAAGGCAAUUCUACGUCAAACUUAUCACAUCUAUUUAUUAACUAAACAUAACUUAAUAACUUCUUAGCAAACUUGGCAAAUCCAGUAUAUUUGAUACACCGAAGUUAAUUAAUUCAAAUUUAUUCAUUUAAAUUGUUUUAUAAAUUUGAUUAUUUAAUUAACAUAUCUUCAGUUUCCAUCAAACGUCUUUAACAGUUAUAAUUAAAGACAUCGAUCGCUAUAUUAUAGAGUUUUAGUGUUUCGCAUAAUCAACUGGUUAUGUGAAUUAUUUUAUUUUACUUUAAAGUUUUGAUUUUUUAUAUAUAUUUAUUUAGCAGCAAUUAAACUCUUUUUCUAACUUAAGAACGCUUUAUUUGAGUUUCAAGACUCUUGAUGAAUUUUCUCAAAUGUGGAUUUCUAAUUUAUAGGGAAACGUCUCUCCAUCUCCUUUAUAUCUUAAUGAAACCUCUCUCCCUGCUCCUUGGUGACAGUUCCAAGAUGUUCGGCUUAAUAGUCAACGUGGGAAUCCAGAAAAUGAAGUUUGACGCUCAUAUUGCAUCCCAGUUUUUUUUAUAAUUUUCGACCAUGUUAGCUACAAUUUCUUUAUAGUUUGCAGACUUGUUGUUUCCAAGAAAACCGUCUAUGACUUCUACGAAAGAACUCCAUGCUUCAGAUUCAUCCUGGGUCAUUGUAUUCUAGAACAAUCUGUCCGAUUUUAAAGUUCGAAUUUGAGAGAAUACAAAAAUUUGUUCCUUUAAGUUUAGCUUCAGAAAAUGCAGGAUUUUUGUCGCACAGAUAUUUAAAGCCGUCACCUUGUUUACCUAAAGCUUUGACAAACUGCUUCAUCAAUCGUAACCUUAUGUGAAGAUGAGGCAAAAGAACUAAUUUUGGAUCAACUAGUGUCUCAUAUUGCACAUUUUUUUAUCCUGGUACAAGUCUUUCUCUGAGUGGUCACUCUUUCUUAACGUAAUGUAAAUUGCGUGCUUGACUGUUCCACUCGCACAAAAAAUAUGGAUACUUUCUGAAUCCAGACUGCUGACCCAAAAGUAUGGAUAAUAUUUUGAGAUCUCCACGGAGUUGCCAACAAUAUUCGCUAUACUUUAUUUUAUUUAGCAACAGCCCAAGAUUCUCAUAUGUUUCUUUAGAUAGACAGAGUGAGCAACAUACAUUGAGGCAUAAGUAUUACUAUUGUGUAACAAGACACCCUUCAAACUUCUCUUAGAAGAAUCAAUAAAUAAAUAGUAAUUGUCAGCUCCCAGUUUUAUGCCUACUUCAGGAGUAUUAUGACAAUACACCAGUAAGCCCUCUUGAGAAAAAAAUUAGAGAAUUCAUUGAUUUGAUUGGUUGCCAGUCAAAAAGUGGCGGCAAAUAUUUUUAAUUCAAUUAAUAGUAAUUUAUUUUUGACAAAUAUUUUAUUUCGUUAUGCAUGUUUUUUAUAUCAAGUUAAAAGCUUUUUUUUUCUUAAUAUGAUGAUAUUAGGUUGCCUGAAAAAAAAAGGUCACAAAUUGGGAUUGCCAAUUGUUAAACGACGCGAAUUAUCAAAGUAAAAUAGAGUAAGGGCGCAGCGACACUAGUUUGACAAGUGAUAGUAUGUAUAUUAUUAUAUAUCUAUUAACGCAUGCUUUAAAAUCUCACACAACUGACGCUUCAAACCACUAGCGUGGCGCGCUAGCUGUCUUUUAUUUUAUUUUUGAUACCUCACGUUUUUAGCAGCUGAAACCCUAAUUUUCGACCAUUUUUUCAUAGGAAAACUUAUAUAAACAUAUUAAGAAAAAAAUUAGCUUUAAUUUUAUAUAACAAACAUGCACAUGUCAUAAGCAGCGUAUUUUAUUUAAAAAAUAAAUGACCGAAAUUAAAUUUUUGUCAAAAAUUAAUUGAAUUAAAAAUGUUUGCGGCUACUUUUUAACUGGCGCCCUAUUAUCAAUGUAUUCUCCUAAUUUUAAAUGUAUGUACAAAUGUGAGAAUGAUUAACUACGUUAUGAACAUAGUGAUUCUGUAGUGGGAUUUUAGGCUAUAAUUGUAUCGUUUAUUAGAACUGAAAAUGCUUCUAUUUACAUAUGCUGCAUAGCUAGUGGAAACGAAGUACUUAUAGUUAAUUUUGAAUGCUUUGUAUCAAGAAUACUGGAUUUGGUUCUUAAAAAGUAUUUUUUAGAAAUUUCGACAUUUGUAAUUAGAAUUGUCCUCAGUAAGGUUCGAGUUUCCAAGAUUAUUUAGUUAAUAAUGUUUUUCAUUAUGGAAUAAAAACGUUAUGCCAUGUCCUCUUGGGAUGCAUUGUAUAUAUGUAUAUCUAGAUUGACCUAUAUUCUAUUAUUAAGAUCAUAUUUUUUCUUGCAAUGUAUUUUUUUAGAUGUGUAAAUAUAUAUCAAUAAAUAGUUACACUGUUA